GGGGGGGGGCAGGCUCCCCCUCAGCUACGGGCCUGCUCUCUUCUUAAUAAUAAUAACAUUAAAUGCUGUAUCUUGACUGCAGAGUGACGAAGAAGAACCAGAUGAGCUUCAAGAAGCCAAGAAGAACACGAUGAUGAAUGAGGAUAUCGAAGAAAAACAAAAACCGAAGGAAGAAACUAAGGUAUGAAGUGGAAACACUUGCAGUUCAUAUAACGACAUUGAAUAUACAAUAUAUAUGAAUCUGUUUCGUGUAUUCGUCUAAUCUGUCGUAAAUUUCUCUGAAUUUCUAGAGCCUUGCAGAGAGGAUACGUGCUGGAAGGUAAAAUAAAGCUUUUUAUAUCCGUAGAUAGUUUUACUAAGCAUUUCCGUAGGGCAGAUGGUGGUCAAGAUUGCAGUUAUCAAAGUGAAAAAAAUAAUGUUAAUUCUAAGUCAGCGCUUCAAAUAACGUUCCCAAAGUUCCUGAUCAUGGUGAUCGGCAGUCAUGACUUUCCCUGCUCUUUCGAGUUGGAAACCCUGCUUUUCCGCCGAUCAUAAGAAAUUUCUUGCCGAUCAUUGAUCGGCUGUUAUUCCAAGCCCUGAUUCUUUCAUUAUAUGUUGUAGUCUUCUAUUCGAAAUCAAACAAAUGAAAGUGAGACAUCUAGUUCUUGCUGCUGCUAUCAGAAUUGAUAUUUCUGAAGUUGAAAACCAUCUGCUGUAACGCUUAUUGGAGGCCGAUAUACAUAGCAUAACUUUUGUCUAAAACUGUCGCAUGUAGAGUAGUAACUCAUGCUUACAACUUGUAAAUCAAGCACACAACUCGUCCACGUUGUUGUAGGUGAGUUAAUUGCUUUGUGUGCUUGAUUUACACAGUAUAAUUACUCAAGUUGUAAGCAGGUUGCAUGCGACAGUUUUAGGCAAAACUUGUGCCUUUACGGCUUAACCGUCGCAUUCACAUUACGCCGGGGCGCGAAAUAGUUUGAAAACGUCACUUUUGUCGUAACAAUUUGAGCACGGUUUCUAAACGCUUGGCGGCUUCGUGUCAACACAAACACCGUUACUUUUUUGUACCGCUUUUGCAAACCAAGCAUCUCAGGUCUCAAAACGUGUGUUCACACUAGCCCGUUACAGUUUGCGAUGUUACUCUGAGUGCAUAUCCACACCGGGCGAGCUUGAAAAAUAUGCCCGGCCACGGUGGAAUUCGAACCUAUACGACCUUUGGAAUACUAGCCCAAUGCUCUGCCAACUGAGCUACGCGGUCAGGACGGUUCGAGUAAGUGAUAUUUCGGAACAGUAUCUAGUUCCUUCAAUACCAAUGUGUUCUAGUAAUAUACCAAUGUGGGCUAGUAUUCCAAAGGUCGUAGGUUCGAAUCCCACCGUGGCCGGGCAUAUUUUUCAAGCUCGCCCGGUGUGGAUAUGCACUCAGAGUAGCAUCGCAAACAUAUUAUUCACCUGAGUACACAACACCAACACAGAAAAAUCCGUUACAGUUUGUUUACAAAUUAAAUUAGCACUCAUGUAAACCCAAAAUAUUUCAAAUAGAGCAAAGAAAUUUCAAAAGCAUUCCAAUUUACCGUUUUGAGACAUGAGAUGCUUGAUUUGCAAAAGCGGUGCAAAAAAGUAACGGCGCGCGUGUUGACACGAAGCCGACAAGCGUUCCGUUUUCAUCUAGAUCCGUUUAGAAACCCUGCUCAAUUUGUUACGACAAAAGUGACGUUUUCAAGUUAGACAAUUCCCAUUAUAGACUAAUUUUAAAACUAGGCAUGGAGAUGCAAAUAAAUCACCACAGCUAGAAAGAGCAUACUAAAAUUAGUAAAAUUGCAAAGUUUGGUUGCGAAAUGUUGUAAAAUGCGGAAAAUAUAGCCUUGCAAAAUUUGCAAAUUUUGUGUACUUUUGUAUUGCGUGCGGAAAUUGCUACCACAUUUGGGCCGAAAAUGGUCGCAAUUUCCGCACGCAAUACAAAAGUAUACAAAAUUUGCAGACUUUGCAAGGCUAUAUUUUUCAAACCACUCCGGCGAGCGUAGUCUAAGAUAGAAACAUGCAAAGACAAAUUCUGACAGCCGCGCUGUGACACAGAUUACAACUCCCUGUGAAAUAUAAGCUGACAAAUACCAAUGUUCUUUUUUCUUAGGACGGGGCCAACUGAUAGAUAUAAAAACACAUCUAAAACCUCGGACAGUAAGAUGCCGACAGAUGUGAAUACUUUACAAGAUAAACUUCGAGAAACACAAACUGAACUCGAUGAAACGAAAACUAAACUAGACAAAACAGUACAGGUAAGAUCAUCAACUAUUUACACAUGCGGGAUAUAGCUCUACUAAUUCUAAACUGUUCUCCUUGGAAGUCUAGUAAGAGUCGUCUCUAUUUGAUCCAGGGUUACUACAGGAGGAAACCUAAACUAACUUUAUUGAUACUGGAUAGCUCUAUCAGUUCUAAACUGCUCUCCCUAGAGGUCCAGUAUAAGGAUCAUCUCUUAUUGAUCCAGUGUUACUACAGGAGGAAACCUAAACUAAAGCAACUUAUUUACACUGGAUAACUCUAUCAGUUCUAAACUGUUCUUCCUAGAGGUCCAGUAAAGAUCAUCUCUUAUUGGUACAGUGUUACUACAGAAGGAAACCUAAACUAAACUAACUUUAUUUACACUGGAUAGCUCUAUCAGUUCUAAACUGUUCUUCCUAGAGGUCCAGUAAAGAUCAUCUCUUAUUGAUCCAGUGUUACUACAGAAGGAAACCUAAACUAAACUAACUUUAUUUACACUGGUUGGCUCUAUCAGUUCUCCUAGAUAGAUGGAUGAGAAAUAAUAUGUGCAAAUUCUUUAUCGUUUAGGAGAAAAAUAAAUUAGAAAGAAAAUUAGAAAAUAUGGAAGAUGAUUUAAAGGUAACCUCAUUUUCAUAUGUUAUACAGGAUGUCAAGACCUGCCGUAUACUCUCUUGACAAGCGAGAGUUUACAUGAGAGUUUCCUCAACUUUCAUUGCUUGAUCAAACAAGAACAAGAGUUGCAUGAAAGUUGAAAAGCGAGAGUUUACAUGAGAGUUUUCUCAACAUUCAUUGCUUGAUAAACGAGAACAAAAGUUGCGCGAGAGUUGACAAGCGAGAGUUUACAUGAGAGUUUUCUCAACUUUCAUUGCUUGAUCAAACAAGAACAAGAGUUGCAUGAGAGUUGACAAGCGAGAGUUUACAUGAAAGUUUUCUCAACAUUCAUUGCAAGAUCAAACGAGAACAAGAGUUGCAUGAGAGUUGAGAAGCCAGAGUUUCCAUGAGAGUUUUCUCAACUUUCAUUGCUUGAUCAAACGAGAACAAGAGUUGCAUGAGAGUUGAGAAGCGAGAGUUUCCAUGAGAGUUUUCUCAACUUUCAUUGCUUGAUCAAACGAGAACAAGAGUUGCAUGAGAGUUGAGAAGCGAGAGUUUACAUGAGAGUUUUCUCAACUUCUAUUACUUGAUCAAGCGAGAACAAGAGUUACAUGAGAAGCGAGAGUUUACAUGAGAGUUUUCUCAACUUCUAUUGCUUGAUCAAACGAGAACAAGAGUUGCAUGAGAGUUGAGAAAUACUUGAGAGUUGAGAAGCUUUGUGGUAUAGGGAUAAGUCAAAAGGGAUAAGUGUACUUUGUAAAAAGGGAGAGUGGUCUCGAGCAGUUAUAUCCAACUCUAUUGUUUACAUUUGUUUUUCAUUUUUAUUUCAGCAACUAAGUGAUUUGCGAGAAGACAAUCAAAGACUAAAAGACGAGAACGGUGCACUCAUCCGAGUUAUUAGUAAAUUAUCGCGAACUCCUACGUGAGUGUCGCGCGAGGAGCUCGCGAGACCGCCGGCCCGCGUGGAAUGCGCGUGUGUGUGCAAAUUUAAAACUAUUUCUUGUGUUUGGGACAUUUUUGUUGUGGUCGCGACCAAAGGCAGGAACUUUAGAAAUUUUUUUCAUUACUGGCGCUCGUCGCUGGAAAUUUGCGCACUGAUUGUUAAUUAAGACGCCCAAUAUGCGCGCCGGAUGUCUAGGCGCAAAUAAUGCAUCCUCUGACCUCGCCCUUGUACCUGCUUGCGCGCAUUUGGCCGCAGCACGCGUGUAUGGGCGGUUGGAAAGCAGCUAGCGCGCGUUUAAUUCUAAUUCGAAUGUUUGGACCGCCAUUUUCAAUAAGAUUGCGCAAUUUAUGCGAAUUUUACAACUUGAUCUGUUCAAAUUUGUACGAAAUUUUGAAUGCGAAUUAUGUAAAUGCCGUCCAAAUAUGCGAAUUGUGAUUUGCGCAUCAGCUUGACUGUUGAAAAGACGGAAUUUAUUCAAAUGCAUCACACUGCAUUGCAUUUGCGCCAACAUUGUGAGAACUAGCAGAAGACAUUUUUGGCGCGCGCACUAGUACAGUGGCUUGCGCUUAUAUUAUAUUAACUUGAAAUAUUUUGUAUGUGUAAAUAAAUGG